AUGAAGCUUUCUAUCCUCUCCACUAGCCUUGCACUUCUUGCGCAGUUCGCCUCUACUAUCCCAACACCAACGGAAAGUGAAGAUAUUGCCGAGCGUGCAAAUAUUGCCAAGAGAGCUACCAUUAGUGAUGUUGCUACCACUGGUUUUGCAACUCAGAAUGGCGGCACGACUGGCGGAAAAGGUGGCGUAACCACCACAGUCUCCACACUUGCUCAAGUCACCACUGCCGUGACCAAUGAUGCCGUUGCAAGAGUCAUCGUUGUAUCUGGUACCAUCACCGGCUCUGUGAAAGUCCGAGUUGGAUCAAACAAGACUAUUGUUGGAAAGAAAGGAGCUACUCUUGUUGGAAUUGGUCUCUAUAUCAAUAAAUCCGCAAAUGUGAUUGUACGAAACAUCAUCACUCAAAAAGUGUUUGCUUCCAAUGGCGAUGCUAUUGGUGUCCAGGCUUCUAAAAAUGUUUGGAUUGACCAUGUCGACGCCUCCUCAGACCUCCUAGACGGCAAAGACUACUACGAUGGUCUCAUCGACGUCACCCACGCCUGCGACUGGGUCACCAUCUCCAACAGCUAUAUCCAUGACCACUUCAAAGCCUCUUUGAUCGGCCAUUCCGACAACAACGCUGCUGAAGAUACCGGUCAUCUAACUGUUACUCAACACAACAACUAUUGGAGCAACAUUGGUUCUCGUACCCCGAGUUUCUGUUUCGGGUUUGGUCAUGUUUUUAAUAGUUAUUUCUUGAAUACCAACACGGGCAUUGAUACGAGAGAUGGUGCGCAAAUUUUGGUGCAGAGUAAUGUUUUUAAGAAUGUGAGCGAGCCGAUUGCAGCGCUCUAUAGUGAUGAUACUGGCUACGCAAACGCAUUCGAUAACGAUCUCGGCGGCUAUACAAACACAGCUCCAGUAGGAACUCUAACCACAACUUCAGUUCCGUACUUGUAUGCGCUGUUGGGAAGUGCAAAGGUUGUUGGGGCGGUUGUGGGGACGGCGGGGGCUACUUUGGAUUUGUAG